UCCAGAGGAGAUCGCUACGACGGACGGAAAUAUUCGUGAAUCGUUUUUUACAAAGAGGAAUUUCAAAACAUCCGGCUAUGUAUCGCACCUUCCUGACAUUGUGUGCACUUUGCGUUCUGCAGACGACGUGCGAGGAACAGUCGGCUCUGUAUCUGGACGAGAUUCGCAGCUUAAGCGAGUUGCCAAUGGACAAAUUGAUUCAGAUCAAGUCUUCUUUCGUGUGCGAAAACGAUAUCAUGGAUGAAGAGGAGGAUAAAGACAUCGACAUGGCUAGUCGGACAUUUCCACUGGAAUUGCCGAUGACUUUACCACUGAGGAAAAUCCCAAACAAGCCCAAACGUCGAUACGAGGAUCACUACGACGAGAAGGGCAAGGACACGAAGGUCUCAAAGAUCUUUCAGCUGGCAAUAACUGCACUUUCAUUUCUCGCGUUCGGCGGUUAUCUUCUGACGCUUAUAAUUACGGCGAUUCGUCGCAACACGAAUGGCGGUGGUGGUGGAAAUGUCAUCGUGUUAUCGAAUCUGCAAAGUCUGCAGAAAUUUAAUCGUCCCAAGCGAAACAUCUGGAUGUUCGAUCCGAGGGAAAAUGAUUUUGAGACGGACAGACUUUACGAAGGGAUGGUUAUGCUUUCGAGAAGUUAUGCCUUGUACAAGUGAUCGCAGAUCUUCAAGCGAUGUAGAGAGAUGCUGCAUUUUAUUUUACAGAUUUAUUCAUCUAUUUGCGUUUGCAUUAGCAAAACAAUGCUCGUUAUGCUUCGUAACUUCUAUAAUCUAUAAUCUAUAUUUAGCAAAAAAUAUACGAUUUACAUUGGAAUAUUCAGAUAAAAUUUUCACAAGUUCAUGCAAUGUGGAUCUAAUGUUACGCCGCUGAAUUAGUGGAUAGCCUACUUUUUACGUACUAUUU